AUGAACUAUGAUGUAUUUUCCAAGUUGUUAUCGGAGAGAAUAAUUUAUUUAACAGGAGAGAUCGACGAUGAAGUUUCGAUGUCUAUCACAGCACAGCUAUUGUAUUUGGAGUCAGAGGCGAGCAACAAGCCAAUCCAGUUGUAUAUCAACAGCGUUGGAGGAAGUGUUACAGCUGGGCUAGGGAUAUAUGAUACCAUGAACUUUAUCAAGUCGCCAAUUUCCACUGUUUGCAUUGGCCAGGCCUGCUCGAUGGCCUCGUUGUUGUUGAGUGGUGGUGAGAAGGGCAAGAGGUUGUCGUUGCCUAACAGUGUUAUAAUGCUACACCAGCCCAGUGGUGGGUUUAAAGGGCAGGCAACAGAUAUCAAAAUCCAUGCUGAGCAUAUUUUGAGUAUUCGCGAGAGAUUGGUGAAGUUGUAUCAGAGCAACAUGAGAAAAGGAAUAACCAUUGAAGAAGUGUCGUUGUUGUUGGAGCGAGACAAGUUUUUGACGCCAGAGGAUUCAAUUGAAUAUGGUCUUGUUGAUAAGAUAUUGGUGCGAAAGACAGAGAAAGAAGACAAAGAGAAAAAAGAGGCAAAAGAGGCAAAAGAUAAAAGAUGA